AUGCGAGACAGAAGUAGAAUCAAUAUCGGAGACGUUUUCAACAGAUGGAGACACCUUCGUGAGUUCAAGGCAUUCAAAACGGACGAAGACUUGGCAAAGUUUCUCUUGGACAGUUACCAAACCGGAUCUCAAGUUUCAACCUCUACACCUUUCAAAAAACAGCUAUUUGCUUUUCCAGCACUGUCUAGUAUCCACGGAGACUUGUCUGAGAGAGAUUUUGCAUUUGAAGAGGGGGUGGAGGUCCUGGGGCAAGGUGAAGUCUCAAUCUCUGUAACUGGACAUUUGCCAUCAAGUGGUAUUCCUGUAGAGAUCAACGAGGAGGAGUACAACAGAAUAGAAAAUUCCAUCCUUGAAUCAGACGAUGACCAAACAUGGUCACCAAGCCAAGAGACUGAAGAUGUUUCGUCUUCAGAAGAAGACUGGACAAUUGAAAUGGAAGAGUCUGAGGACAGCAAUGAUGAAGAAUACAUACCUCCAUAUCGCAUAAGGACCGGGGCCACUAUGAGAGAAGUAAUAGAACUUCAAAAUCUCCAGGACAUAAGUGAGGAGGAUACACUUUAUGAUAUUGUCCUUCCUGAAGCACCCCACGAUGACCCAGUGUCCAUACCUGACAAUUGUAAAGUGGCUGUUUCUGGAGACAUUGUUGGUCAGCAGGCUGCAAUAGUGUACCACAAACCUGCUAAAAGGAAUGCAGAUGGAGCCAUACAAUACAGAAAAGUAUUCAAUAAAAAGUCUAGGUGCUGGAGGAUUUAUGCAAUCAAAGUUGAGAAGGACUAUGCAUAUAUCCCGGAACUCCAGACAAUGGUCGUUACAGCACGAGUGAACAGCCAAAAAGGACUCCCACGUCAAAGAAAAUACAGAGCCAUGGACCCAAGGAGAUUGGGUUUGCUGUCAACUAUCCCUGCCCCAACAACACAGGAGUUACUAGAACACCAGCGCACCCGAGGAGAUGGUCAACGAUUGCCUCAGAAAUAA